GAGAGGAGUUGAAAAAUCCAUAUAUCCUGAUAUCUCGAUUCCUAGUCUCCACGCAGUCUUCCUCUUACACAAAGUCACCCAAUGACAUGGACUCUCUCUUUCUCUGAAUCUUUAGUUCUCGAUUACUUGUUUCCUUCUCGAUCUUGAGCUCUCUUCUCUCUUUUCCUCAAAUCAUCAAUUCAUCAUCAGUUAAUAUAUUGGAAGAAUGGGGAUAUAUCUGAGCACUCCCAAAACUGACAAGCUGUCUGAAGAUGGAGAGAAUGGGUGGGUGAGAUAUGGUUUGUCAUCCAUGCAAGGAUGGCGUGCCACUAUGGAGGAUGCUCAUGCUGCUUAUCCCGAUCUUGAUGAUUCCACUUCAUUCUUUGGUGUUUAUGAUGGCCAUGGAGGAAAGGUAGUUGCCAAAUUCUGUGCCAAAUAUCUUCACCGACAAGUGCUCAAGAAUGAAGCAUAUUCAGCUGGAGACAUUGGAACUUCUGUUCAGAAAGCUUUUUUCAGAAUGGAUGAAAUGAUGCGUGGACAGAGGGGUUGGAGAGAGUUGGCUGUUCUGGGUGAUAAGAUAAACAAGUUUACUGGCAUGAUAGAAGGGUUAAUCUGGUCUCCAAGGAGCAGUGGGGGUAAUGAUCAAGCUGAUGAUUGGGCUUUUGAGGAGGGGCCUCACUCUGAUUUCAGUGGUCCAACUUCUGGGAGCACCGCUUGUGUUGCAAUUAUUAGAAACAACCAACUUGUUGUUGCCAAUGCUGGUGAUUCUCGUUGUGUGAUAUCUAGGAAGGGUCAGGCAUAUAACCUGUCCAGAGAUCACAAACCUGAUCUUGAGCUUGAGAAGGAAAGGAUAUUAAAAGCUGGUGGUUUUAUCCAUGCUGGACGAGUCAAUGGCAGUUUGAAUCUUGCAAGAGCUAUAGGUGACAUGGAAUUCAAGCAGAAUAAGUUCUUGCCUGCAGAAAAACAAAUUGUAACUGCCAGUCCAGAUAUAAAUGCUGUUGAACUUUGUGAUGACGAUGAGUUUAUGGUGUUAGCAUGUGAUGGUAUCUGGGAUUGCAUGUCAAGCCAGCAGCUGGUAGAUUUUGUGCAUGAGCAGCUAAAAUUGGAAAGCAAACUGUCUGUGGUGGUUGAAAGAGUCUUUGACAAGUGUUUGGCGCCGUCGACUGCUGGUGGGGAGGGAUGCGAUAACAUGACCAUGAUCUUGGUCCAGUUCAAGAAGCCCAUUGUACCAGUAGAAUCUGUGGAUAAGCAGCAGGAAUCCUCAACAACUGGAGCACCAGCAACUGAAACAGAUGCGAGUCCAUCUGAAAGUGAAUCGAAUUAGGGAACAGCUGGCGCGUUCUAAAACACUGAAGAGAGCCAAGACUGCAUAUUUCACAUUGGUUCUCAGAUUUGUAAUUGUAGAUGGUUUAGCAUGGAGAUUAAUGGAUUAGCAAUUAGAGACAUUUUUGCUUUUAUGCUGGUGAAUGUUGUUCUUUAUGCUUGAAAUACAAAUGGAAUAGUAUGUAUGUACAGAUAAGUAGAACCAAGUGUUUGGACAAAGGACAUGAAUGAUACACGUGUUUCAUUGCGA